UUCUCAUGACUGAUUCACUUUUUUUUCUGUUAUAAAACAAAUUCUCAGGGGAGAGAGUGUGUGUGUGUGUGUGUGUGUGUGUGUGAGAGAGAGAGAUAUGACUCACAGGUUCACAGAAAUUCAGUUGGCCGUGUGUUUAUUUUCUGUGGUUUCUUGAAGUCUUUUGUUUAGAGCUGUGACUGUUUUCUCUGAACGCUGCUGUGACGCAACAGAAACCUGAGCGCGAAUCAUUUAAUUUUUACCCUGCAAAGCACGAGUGGAUCAGUGAGAUCACAUUUUCCUGAAACAAAAUCACACCCUGUUUAAUAAAAACAAAUGAGCUGCGAGUCCUGAGGCGGCAUGUGGUGAUGAGACUCUGGUUAAAUCGGGACACGAUGAAGGAUUACUGUGAUUGAUUCUGGUGUUCAGGCCACGGAGGAGGACAGCAGCGAGGACGAGGAGCUGGAUGACGAGGCCAUGAUGAAGUUGGAUAAAAACCUGGCCGUUCUGUUCGGAGAACAGAAGAAGAAACUGCAGGCCAAAAAGGAUGAGAAGGAGCGACUGCGCAAAGAGAAAACACUCGUCCGGGACUUCAAGAUUAAAGUUGUGUGUGUGAAUCUUUUGGACACAGCAGUUGAGAAUAUCACGGGCGGAGUCAGAGAACACCAACAGGAUGGAUGACAUAUUCGACUUCCUCAGACAGAGAAAUGUUCCAGAAGACAUAAUAGAGACCCUGGAGCGUGAGAAGAUUGAUAGGACUGCAGUUCUAGAGAUGACUGAUGCACAGCUGAGUGCCUACUUACCAUCUUAUGGUGAUCGUCUGGCGCUGACGGGAUUUUGUAGGAGAAAUGCAAACAGCACCGGGAAAGAAUCACUUUUUCAACGCUUAAGCAACAAGUUGAAGAGAAAAAAAGAUGAGGAAGAGAGGGGAGAGAGCGAGAGAAAACCACCAAAAAACACAUGUAAAACAAUGAGAGGUCGAGUUGGGUUGGAUGAACUAUGACGACACGUGGCAUCUUCAAGCAAGUGAGAACAAAGCGUGGUGGGGGGGACAAGAAAAAUUGAUGUGUGUAAGGAUGCUGUUAAGGAGGAUUUGAUCAAAAUAGCCAGGGAGCUUUUCUUUCCUUCUGGAAGAAAUGCUGAAGGAGGCAUUGAAGAUUUUAAUUUUGAUUUGAUGGAUUUCAAACAGACGGUUGUAAAUGAUGUUGCAACAGUUGGGAAGUUGUAUGACGACACGGGACUCGCAUUGCUCAGGUUUUACCUCAGUACACAGAAAAAACGGACAGUGAAUCCCAUCAGAGUGAAGACCAGGAGAGAAUUGAACAUCAGUCAACUCCCUCUUUAGGAUCUGCUGCAAUUCCUCACACAAGUCAAGGAGAAUCUAUAAGCCUAGUUGUUGAGGAUGCUGCUUUCGAGGAUAUUUCCUACACUGAUUCAGGUCUUGAUGUUGAGAAUGACACAGAUGACAGCAACAUUGUGUAUGUGUCUAUAGGAACCAUCUCUGGUGAUGUAGGACAAGAUCUGGAUGAUACAUUGCCAAUGUUUCCACAAGACAUGCCAACGGAGAAUAAUCCUAGAAUAUUGAUCAUCCACAGAGGGCAGGUUCUUCGACAGCUCAUUGGGCAUUUUUAUAAUGACCAAAUCAUGAAUGCUGACGUACAAAUCCAGCUUGUACUGCCAGAUGGAACCUAUGAGAAAGGGCUUGACUCAGGCGGAGUUGUCAGAGAUUGUCUCUCUGAGUUCUGGGGUGAGUUUUUGGAGCAGUGCACAACUGGAAAUGACCUCAAAGUGCCUUUUCUUCGCCAUGACUUUGGCCAAAUGGAAUGGGAGAGUGUUGGCCGUAUCCUUGCUUUUGGAUGGGAAAGAGAGCAGUAUCUCCCAGUGAAGAUUGCUCCUACCAUAAUAGAGCAAGCUGCCUUUGGAUUUACGAGGAGCAGUGUUCUGGAAAACUUUCUUAAAUACCUGCCUCCCUCUGAUCGGUCAUUAAUUGACUCUUGGCGUUCAAAUGUGAUUGAGGAUGUAGAGGAGUUAAUUGAAGUCCUUGGUACCUAUGAUUGCAGGAAGCUACCCACAGCUGAGAACGCAAAUGCCAUUUUCCAGGAACUGGUGCACAAAACUCUUAUUCAAGAACCUGCCUAUGUGAUUGAACAGUGGGUGAAGCCUCUCUGCAGAGUUAAGGACAGCCUUGAAGACCUCGCUGCUGUUUAUGAAGCACUUCAACCAACUGCAAAAAAAGUGCUGAAGUCGUUGCACUUUCCAGACACACUUGAUUUCUCACAGAAAAACAUCCAUAAGCACCUGACAUCCUAUGUAAAGAAUGCUGGUACACUCCAUCUGUGUAACUUUCUCCGAUUCUGCACCGGCUCUGAUUUAUUUCUGGGGAAGACAAUUACCAUUACCUUCAACCAGCUCCAAGGCCUGCAGCGACGUCCUGUAGCACACACAUGUGGCUGUGUGCUUGAGUUGUCUGUUCAUUAUGACAACUACCCCGACUUCAGUUCAGAAAUCAACAAAGUUCUGAAAUCCAAUGUGUGGGUUAUGGACAUGGUGUGAUACUGAAGCACUGUGUUCCUGCAAAAUUUCAGAGGUUUACACUGUGGUGUACUUAUUGUUAUAUCCAAUCCAUUUCUGGGCUGUGGCAAUAUUUGUUUCUUACAUGACAGUCCACAUACAUUAAUAGUCUAUUUGAUACAGAUGCAGGGUGAAUAAGUGAGUUUAUCAUCAAUCUGUGUGCUGUUACUAGUUCCCAUUAUCUUCAUGGCAUACAGUAUGCUGAGAGGAAUUGCUGUAAGUUCUCCUGUUUUUACAGUUCAAUGAGUUUCCAUGCAUUAAUAGGGCCUGUUAUUUAACACAAUGAUACAGGUUUUGUACGAAUCACAUUAUCUGCUUUUUUCACUUUAUGUUCCAUUUGUGGUAUUAUCACAAGUUGAGUACUGUCAGUUGACAGUACUUGCU